GACGCCAUUUUGCAGCCGGGCGGGGCCGGGUCGGGCUCUGACGUUGCCUUCGAGGCACGGGCCUCAGCGUGGCGGGAGCCCGCCUGUCUGCUGGGAUUUGUCUGGCGGGCUCUGGCUGAGGCCGGGGACUAUGGCCGUGUCUGGCGAAAGCCCUGCGGAGUUCCCCAGGUGGCGGAGACGUGGCCGGAGAGGCUUUCGCAGAGCCCGGCCUCGCCGCUACGGAAGCAGGACUGCCUGUGAAUCGCAGUCCAGAAAGAAGAAACAAUCGUGUUGAUUUAAGUUGCACAUUUGUCUCUAAGAUUAAGAACAAAGCCAUGCCAGUGUUUUCAGAAGACUCAGGAUUGCAUGAAACUUUAGCCCUUUUGACAUCUCAGCUAAGACCUGAUUCAAAUCAUAAAGAGGAAAUGGGAUUCCUUAGGGAUGUCUUCAGUGAAAAGAGUCUCAGCUACCUGAUGAAGAUUCAUGAAAAACUCCGUCAUUAUGAAAGACAGAGUCCGACUCCUGUUUUACAUAGUGCAGCAGGGUUAGUUGAAGAUGUAAUAGAAGAAUUGCAGACUGCCCCAGUGAAUAACGAAGAAAAAGAGCUACUUCAGCUGUUGUCAACACCACAUCUCAGGGCAAUGCUUGUAGUACAUGACACUGUGGCACAGAAGAACUUUGACCCAGUCCUUCCACCUCUACCUGAUAACUUGGAUGAUGAUUUUGAUGAGGAAUCAGUGAAAAUUGUUCGGCUAGUGAAAAAUAAAGAACCCUUGGGUGCUACCAUCAGAAGAGAUGAGCAUACAGGAGCUGUGAUUGUAGCAAGAAUUAUGAGAGGUGGUGCAGCUGAUCGCAGUGGCCUUGUCCAUGUCGGAGAUGAACUAAGAGAAGUCAAUGGUAUUGCUGUGCUUCACAAGCGACCGGAAGAAAUAAGUCAGAUUUUGGCUCAGUCUCAGGGAUCAAUAACAUUAAAAAUAAUUCCGGCCAUCAAAGAAGAAGAUCGUCUGAAAGACAGCAAGGUGUUUAUGAGGGCACUUUUCUGCUAUAAUCCCAAAGAAGACAGAGCCAUUCCUUGCCAGGAGGCUGGACUGCCAUUUAAGAGACGACACAUCCUAGAAGUUGUAAGUCAAGAUGAUCCCACAUGGUGGCAAGCAAAGCGUGUUGGAGAUACGAACCUCAGAGCAGGCUUGAUCCCCUCAAAACAGUUCCAAGAAAGACGACUGACUUACAGAAGAACAAUAGGCACUCUGCAGAAUCCCAGAACUGUGAAGAAACCUUUAUAUGAUCAGUCUUCUGAUAAAGAAGACUGUGACUGUGAAGGAUACUUCAAUGGACAAUACAUAGCUGGUUUACGCAGGAGCUUUAGAUUAAGUCGUAAAGAGAAGGAGAACAAUCUGAAUGAGGGAAAGCAAGCAAUGCAGAGAGAUGCAGCAGAGUUCCUAACAUACGAAGAAGUCACGAAAUAUCAGCAGCAGCCUGGUGACCAGCAAAGGCUGGUGGUUUUGAUUGGUUCUUUGGGGGCCAAAUUAAGUGAGCUCAAGCAGAAGGUUGUGUCAGAGAACCCACAGGAGUAUGGUGUUGCAGUUCCACAUACAACCAGGUCAAAGAAAAGUCAUGAGAAAGAGGGAGUAGAAUACAAUUUUGUUUCUAAGCAAUCAUUUGAGACAGAUGUACAGCAAAACAAAUUUGUGGAACAUGGAGAAUACAAAGAAAACCUGUAUGGUACCAGUCUUGAGGCAAUCCGAUCUGUGAUGGCUAAAAAGAAGGUUUGUCUGGUGGAUGUGGUACCUGAAGCAGUAAAGCACUUGAGGACUCCUGAGUUUAAGCCAUAUGUUAUCUUUGUGAAGCCUCUCAUUGCAGAAAAGAAAAAACAUGUCCUAAAAUCUCCCAUAUCAGAAGAAACCUCACCCCCCCUUCAGGAUGAAGAACAGCAGGAAAUUCUUAAUUCAGCAGCAUUCAUUGAAGAGCAGUAUGGCCAUUUAAUCGACACUGUACUGGUGAAGGAAGAUCUCCAGAGCGCAUGUAGUCAGCUGAAAACUGUGUUAGAGAAACUAAACAAGGAUUCGUUUUGGGUGCCAGUCAGUUGGGUUAGGUCAUAGCUUGUUGUCAUCUGUUUAGGAGAAAUACUGUAUAAAAAUGCUUUGUGAAUAUAUGGAUUAGAAAAGGAAAUAUGUCAAAUUCACUUGAAAACUGCUGGUAUACCUAGGAGGUAAUACAUAAAGACUGUAUGAGAAAAACUAAACCAAGUGAGAAGCUGACACUGCGUUCCUGAAUCAAAAUCUUGAACAGCAGCUGCCACUUAAAAGUGAGUAUUCAGACUAAAUGGAUCAGUAAAAGACUGGAGUUGCUUUUAAGUUGUGCAUUUUGUACAUUGAAGUUUCACAGGGCAUCCCACACUUUCAAAUCAUUCAAGGAGUGCUAGGACACUAACCUAACACACAGCUGGAAUUUUUAUCCUUUGGCCAUAAAUGUUGUGGCUAGAGUUAAGACAUGUCAGCAAGGUACUUUUCAGGAACCAGUAUGCCUACAGAACAAGCUACUUCAGAGAGCUGGGAGGUAUGUCCUUUGGAGAAUUGUUACACCAUGUUAGUUACUCAAAAGUUUGAGUGACUGUUGAGCAAAACGUGUCACACACACAGAAUUACCCAGAAUCACCAAGGCUGGAAAAGACCUUUAAGAUCAAGUCCCCCUCACUCAGGAUCAUUAGCUGCAAAUCCUUUCCAAUUAGGCACUAAAACUAGGCCAGUUAUGUAAGUUGUAGAUAUGGUAGUGGCUGGGUUUCGUUUUUUUUCUUUUUAAUGUCCAUCCCACAUUUCCCAGUGCCUCCAAGUUGCCUUGCACAGGUAUUACCCUGUGCAUGAGCUCAUCUGCAUCUUAUGCCCACUUCCCUGAUCUCUUCCUAUUUACACAGGACACAUACUGAGCAACCUGUGAACACAGCUGCAUGACUACCCAGUGCAAAACUAGAGCCUUUUUUUUUGUCUAUAUGAAAACAACUGUAUAUGAUUUUUAAAAAGGACUAUUGAGAGGCUUACUUUCUACAAGACGUCCUUGCAAAUGCCACCUGAUGGGAUACCACCAACAUAGCAGGUCUAAAAAGUGCACUAAGAGGAAGAAGCUGAAUUACCAGGUAGCUGAGCUGCAGAUAAUCAUCCUUUGAGCAUUUAUGACCACCUUUGUUCCAAACCAGGUAAAGGCUUCCUGAGCAUCAAGUCUGGAAGAAGAAAUCUUAACUGCUAGAGGACUUUGCAUGUAUUUCAGGAGACUUAAAUAUACAGGAUUUUUCAGAUGGGUGUUAAUAAGAAAAUGCAGAAAGGUGAUUCUGAAAGCGCCUAUGCUUUAUAAGUAUUUGACAAAAAAAAAAAAAAAAAGAAUAUUGUACAGGUGCAUGUUAGCUGAAACUAGUUUGUGUUUUCCAUUGCCUGUUGAGGUGUAAUCUUUGCUGUGUAUUAUGCCCUUCAACAGGACUUUGUGGUGCACCAGUCUGAUUCCUUGCAUUUUAACAGUAUGAUGUUAAUCUCCUUUCACUACAUUUUGCAAAACUAACAACACUGCAUAUUAAAAGCACAUUUCUAAGA